GCUGCGAGCCUGCGACCCGGACAUGGGCCCUGCGUGUUCGGUGAACGAACCCACUUGAGUUGCCUUUUUAUUUCCGUGUCCCACUUGGCUUCCGGCUCGACCGAGCGCUGCCGUGGUCCACUUCUUCCCUGGCCGCCGGCCACGAAUCCGCGCCUCCGAGACCGAGCUGCUGCUAGCUCCGAAUGGCUUCGGCGGAGGCUCCGACGGCAAGGCCGAUUCUCUACUCGUACUGGCGCAGCUCCUGCUCCCACCGCGUCCGCAUCGCGCUCAACCUCAAAGGUAUCGAUUAUGAGUACAAGGCGGUGAACCUCCUCAAGGGCGAGCAGUCUGAUCCUGAGUUCAUGAAGCUUAAUCCUAUGAAGUUCGUCCCUGCCUUGGUCGACGGCGACGCAGUAAUCGGCGACUCUUACGCAAUAGCAUUGUAUUUGGAGGACAAGUACCCUCAGCGCCCUCUUUUGCCCCAAGACCUUAAAAAGAAGGCCCUGAAUAUCCAGAUAGCAAGCAUUGUGUGUUCUGGUAUUCAACCUCUUCACAAUCUCACCUUGGUGAGAUUUAUCGAGCAAAAAGUUGGAACAGGGGAGAGCAUCCCGUGGGUCAAACAACAGAUUGAUAGAGGUUUCACAGCUGUUGAGAACAUGAUCAAAGGCUGUGCUGGGAAGUUUGCUAUGGGAGAUGAAGUCCAACUGGCAGAUGUAUUCCUUGCACCCCAGAUUUUUGCUGCGGUGACUCGUUAUCAAAUCGACAUGUCGAACUAUCCCACCCUCGCGAGGCUCUACGAUCAAUAUAUGACACACCCUGCAUUUGAAGCUGCGCUCCCUGACCGGCAGCCGGAUGCCCCUUCCUCUGCCUAGACAUAGGCCGGGAGUGAAUCAGUAGUUCUCACUGCUUUGUCUGUACCUGUGUGUGUCCUGUCCCGUUACUUCAAACUCUGUAACAAUAAGCACAGAACUUCCUGCACCAAGUGUAAAGUAACUACUGUAGUCUGUAUCAAAACAGUGAAAUAAUUGUGAUCACUAGCCUUUGGAUA